CCGGGAGCUGCCUGCCGUCCCGUUCCUGCACGAGGGUGUAAGUGGCUUGUCCAAAGCCAGGCGGGAAAGGCACUGAUUGAGAAGGUGAGCCGGCCCUGGGUGCCGACUGCCUCUCUCGUGGCCACAUGGCUUUUCAAGGUGCAUUUAUCAGAAGGAUCAGGAGAGGCUGCUGAUGGCCUCCUCGUGGGAACGCUUGGGCCAAGUGUGGAUGGAGCCCGAGGGCCAGAGAUCGGGAAAUGAUGGGCGGGUGAGGUGGUCUGCAGAGUGACCAGCGCUUUCUUUCCUUGUCACCAUCUAGCUUUCAAAUUGCAGAGCUGCCAUGGCCCUUUAAGUGCUGUGCUUCGGGUACUAAGUGUCCAGAGCUUCAGUGCCCUUCGGGAGAGUGUGGGUUUUGAAGGGCCAAUUUUGGUUAGCGCUGUUGGUUCUCUGCUUUCGAGGAGAAAAUUACACGUUCGCUUUGCAUCUGCUGAGUAACCAACUGUCGCUUCUGCCCCACCCCAGUAAGGACCCCUGAAGCUGUGCGCUGUGCCCUGGCGCACCGGCGUCCCCUCCGUGCAGGCUGUGGUGCUGACCGUGGGGGGGCCGUGCCCCUCUCCCCCAGAAGGGAUGGCGGGGCCAGGGCUAGCUGGGCAGCGGCUUGGCUGACCGCACAACAGGAGUCCAGGGCUGCGUGGGCCCCUGGAGACCCCUGAGAUGCAGGGAGUCAGUACCAAAUGAGGAGGAAAGGCCGAGGUCAUCGCGCUGCAGCGAGGCACCCUUCCUCCCCCGGCAGCACUAAGCACUCCCCCACGCGAGAGACGCUGACCUACGCGCAAGCGCAGAGGAUGGUGGAGAUCGAGAUCGAGGGCCGCCUGCACAGGAUCAGUAUCUUCGACCCUCUGGAGAUCAUAUUAGAAGAUGACCUCACUGCUCAGGAGAUGAGCGAGUGCAACAGCAACAAAGAGAACAGCGAGAGGCCGCCCGUGUGCUUAAGAACUAAGCGGCACAAGAACAACAGGGUCAAGAAGAAAAACGAAGCCCCGCCCGGCGCCCACGGCGCCCCCGCCUCGGCCGGCACGCUUCCCGAGCCCACGGUGCGCGUGGUGGAGUACAGCCCGCCGGCGGCGCCCCGGCGGCCGCCCGCGUACUACAAGUUCGUGGAGAAGUCGGCGGCGGAGCUGGACCACGAGGUGGAGUACGACAUGGACGAGGAGGACUACGCCUGGCUGGAGAUCGUCAACGAGCGGCGCAGGGGCGACUGCGUGGCCGCCGUGUCGCAGAGUGUGUUCGAGUUCCUGAUGGACCGCUUCGAGAAGGCGUCGCACUGCGAGAAGCAGAAGCAGGGCGGGCAGCAGUGCCUGAUCGACGAGGACGCCGUGUGCUGCGUGUGCAUGGACGGCGAGUGCCAGAACAGCAACGCCAUCCUCUUCUGCGACAUGUGCAACCUGGCGGUGCACCAGGAGUGCUACGGCGUGCCCUACAUCCCCGAGGGGCAGUGGCUCUGCCGCCACUGCCUGCAGUCCCGGGCCCGGCCGGCGGACUGCGUGCUCUGCCCCAACAAGGGCGGCGCCUUCAAGAAGACGGACGAUGACCGCUGGGGCCACGUGGUGUGCGCCCUGUGGAUCCCCGAGGUUGGCUUCGCCAAUACCGUGUUCAUCGAGCCCAUCGACGGCGUGCGGAACAUCCCCCCCGCCCGCUGGAAGCUGACGUGCUACCUCUGCAAGCAGAAGGGCGUGGGCGCCUGCAUCCAGUGCCACAAGGCCAACUGCUACACCGCCUUCCACGUGACGUGCGCCCAGCGGGCUGGCCUCUACAUGAAGAUGGAGCCCGUGAAGGAGCUGGCCGGCGGUGCUGCCACCUUCUCUGUCAGGAAGACUGCGUACUGUGACGUCCACACGCCCCCGGGCUGCACCCGGAGGCCCCUGAACAUUUACGGGGACGUCGAGGUGAAGAACGGCGUCUGCCGGAAGGAGAGCUCAGCCAAAACGGUCAGGUCCACGUCCAAGGUCAGGAAGAAAGCCAAGAAAGCCAAGAAGACGCUCCGGGAGCCCUGUGCGGCCCUGCCGCCUGUGUGUGCGCCCUACAUUCCCCCUCAGAGAUUAAACAGGAUUGCGAAUCAGGUGGCCAUUCAGCGGAAGAAGCAGUUUGUUGAGCGCGCCCACAGCUACUGGCUCCUCAAAAGGCUGUCGAGGAACGGGGCCCCCCUGCUGCGCAGACUGCAGUCCAGUCUGCAGUCCCACAGGAGCUCGCAGCAGAGAGAAAACGACGAGGAGAUUCAAGCUGCCAAAGAGAAGCUGAAGUACUGGCAGCGGCUGCGGCACGACCUGGAGCGCGCGCGCCUGCUCAUUGAGCUCCUGCGCAAGCGCGAGAAGCUCAAGCGGGAGCAGGUGAAGGUGGAGCAGAUGGCCCUGGAGCUGCGGCUGACCCCGCUCACCGUGCUGCUGCGCUCCGUGCUGGACCAGCUGCAGGAGAAGGACCCGGCCCGGAUAUUUGCCCAGCCAGUGAGCCUGAAGGAGGUUCCGGAUUAUCUGGAUCACAUUAAACACCCUAUGGACUUUGCCACAAUGCGGAAGCGGUUAGAAGCGCAAGGGUACCGGACCCUCGGGGAACUGGAGGAGGACUUUGACCUCAUCGUGGACAACUGCAUGAAGUACAACGCCAAGGACACGGUGUUCUACCGGGCGGCCGUGCGGCUGCGCGACCAGGGCGGCGCGGUGCUCCGGCAGGCCAGGCGCCAGGCAGACGGCGUCGGCUUCGAGCAGGCCUCAGGCAUGCACCUGCCCGAGCGGCCCCCCGCGGCCCCCCGGCGGCCUUUCUCCUGGGACGACGUGGACAGGUUGCUGAACCCGGCCAACAGGGCCCACCUGGUCCUGGAGGAGCAGCUGAGGGAGCUGCUGGACAUGCUGGACCUCACGUGCGCCAUGAAGUCCAGCGGGUCGCGGAGCAAGCGAGCCAAGCUGCUGAAGAAGGAGAUCGCCGUCCUUCGCAACAAGCUGAGCCAGCAGCACAGCCAGCCCCCGGCCGCCGAGUCAGGUACUGCAGGCUUUGAAGAGGACGGUGCUCAGCUGGGGCAGGAGACCGGGGAGGAAGGAGAUAAAUCUCCCCCUAAACUUGAACCAUCAGAUGCAUUACCUCUUCCUUCAAACUCGGAGACUAAUUCAGAACCACCAACCCUCAAACCAGUAGAACUCAACCCAGAGCAGAGUAAACUAUUCAAAAGAGUCACAUUUGGUAAUGAAUCACAUAGCACUUGCACUCAGAGCGCACUGGUAAUCGGACACCCUCCAGAGCCCACCCUCGCCAGUAGUGGCGAUGCGCCGGCGGCGGCCUCCGCGGUGGCGGAGCCAUCAAGCGAUGUAAACAGACGCACUUCUGUUCUCUUCUGCAAAUCGAAAAGUGUAAGCCCCCCAAAGUCUGCCAAGAACACUGAAACCCAGCCAACUUCUCCUCAGCUAGGGACCAAAACCUUUUUGUCUGUAGUCCUUCCGAGGUUGGAGACUCUUCUGCAGCCAAGAAAAAGGUCGCGAAGCACCUGCGGCGACUCCGAGGUGGAGGAGGGGUCCCCGGGAAAGCGCCUGGACACAGGUCUCGCCAACGGCUUCGGGGCCGCGCGCAGCGAGCAGGAGGAGCGGCCGGGCGGCGCCCCGGGGAGGACGGCCGCGCCCCGCCGCCGCUGCGCCUCCGAGUCCAGCGCCUCCUCCAGCAGCAGCCCGCUCUGCGACGCCAGCUUUAGCGCGCCCCCGUGCGGCCGGGGCAAGCCCGCCCUGGUCCGCAGGCACACGCUGGAGGACCGCAGCGCGCUGAUCUCCUGCAUCGAGAACGGGAACUACGCCAAGGCAGCCCGGAUCGCGGCCGAAGUUGGUCAGAACAGCAUGUGGAUUUCAACUGACGCUGCGGCCUCCGUCCUUGAGCCCCUGAAGGUCGUGUGGGCCAAGUGCAGCGGCUACCCCUCGUACCCGGCCCUGAUCAUCGACCCCAAGAUGCCGCGUGUGCCUGGCCACCACAACGGGGUCACCAUCCCGGCCCCGCCGCUGGACGUGCUGAAGAUCGGCGAGCACAUGCAGACCAAGGCGGACGAAAAGCUCUUCCUUGUCCUGUUCUUCGACAACAAGAGAAGCUGGCAGUGGCUCCCGAAGUCCAAGAUGGUUCCCCUCGGCAUUGACGAGACGAUAGACAAGUUGAAGAUGAUGGAGGGGAGGAACUCCAGCAUCCGGAAGGCGGUGAGGAUCGCCUUCGACCGCGCCAUGAACCACCUGAGCCGCGUGCAUGGGGAGCCGGCCAGCGACCUCAGCGACAUAGACUGACGCGGCCGUGGCCUUGUCCAUAGUGUCGAUACGCUGUACAUACUGUAUAUUGUUCACCACUUAACUUAUUCUGAUUUUUAGGUGUAGUUUAAUUCUUUCUCCCAGGGAGGGGGAGGUUUUAUUUCCCAGUUUUCUAUGAAAUCAUCCCCGUCUGGGCGCUCUGUGAAUGGCGUGGGCGCGUCCCCGGAGUGCAGCUCUGUGCCCCUCACAGGUCACUCCAGAGGGCGCUGCCGGCGUCACUUUCUUUGAUCUGUAGCUGGUUUUUUUCUUGUUUUUUUUUUUUUUUUAAAGACUUUUGAAUGUUUAAUAAUUUUGUAAAUCAUACUCUUUACACAGAGUACCACUUAUUUAAUAGAUGGGAUGUAAAUUUACAAUGACAAAUGUGUAUUUUAAGAAAGAAAAUGACAUUAUUUUGAAUGGUACUUUGUGGAAAGAGGUGGAGAAUAAAUUUAUGCCGCGUGCAUCACUUGCAAAUCACCAAAAACACUCCGCCGCCCCCGUGAGGGCUGGGGCAGGCGCCUCCCCUGGGCCUCGCCAGCCUCGACCACUCGCCAGCCUCCGCCUGUCCGCUCCAGCCUCCCACGGGUGUGCCUCCCAGCGGAUUAUUUAUUGUAGAAAGUGUAUUCAUUUGCUUUAUAAUGAAAGAUAAAUUUGCAGAAGUAUAUUGAUAUGCAUUUUUAUACAGGCACAUAAAAAUUCAACUUGCUUCGGGAGCAGGAUGUGUUGGUUGUAUAAAUGACUCUGGCUGUGUGUUCUUUGAUUUUGUAACUUGUAAUCUUUUGUUUACAAUGAGGGGCUUUCUGUAACUUGUUUAAUUUAGAACACUUUGGUAGCAAUAGAAACUUUGGAUACAUUUUUGUAUGGUACACGUGAUGUAUAUAGAAUUAGUACUUUAUUUUUAUUUUUAAGAGGUAAAGCAUUAUGUUAGGGGAAAAGGUAGGGUGGGUUUCCAAAGUUGCAUUUUUUAUAUUAAAAAAUAAAGUCAAGAUUUG